GAACCAUUUCAAUUCUAUAUUACCCUCCAAUUAAAAAGCACACAAAAUGAUAAGAAAGGUAAAAAAAAGAAGAAGUUUUUCAAUAAUUAUAGCCUUUGACAAUCGUUGCACGCAGCACUGAAAAAGUUAAAUAAAGGGUGGUGGCAAUGCAAUUGAAUUGAGAGAAGAAUUCACGUAGGGAGAGAGAAAAGGAAGAAAGAAAAAUGCAGAAGCAUGGUUUUGCAUCGAAAUGCAAAGGUGUGUUACCGUAUCAGACGCCGAGACUAAGGGACCACUACGUUCUGGGGAAGAAGCUAGGACAAGGGCAAUUCGGGACAACGUAUCUCUGCACGCACAAGGUCUCAGGGAAGCUUUACGCUUGCAAAUCGAUCCCCAAGAGGAAGCUUUUGUGCCAGGAGGAUUAUGAUGACGUGUGGAGGGAGAUUCAGAUCAUGCACCAUUUGUCCGAGCAUCCCAACGUUGUUCAGAUACAGGGCACGUAUGAGGACUCCGUGUUCGUGCACCUUGUCAUGGAGCUAUGUGCUGGGGGUGAGCUUUUCGAUAGGAUAAUUCAGAAGGGGCAUUACAGCGAGAGAGAGGCUGCAAAGUUGAUCAAGACCAUUGUUGGGGUGGUGGAGGCUUGCCACUCUCUUGGGGUCAUGCAUAGGGAUCUCAAGCCUGAGAAUUUCCUCUUUGAUACCACUGGUGAAGAUGCCAAGAUGAAGGCCACCGAUUUUGGCCUCUCUGUUUUCUACAAGCCAGGACAAACCUUUCAUGAUGUAGUGGGAAGCCCCUAUUAUGUUGCCCCUGAGGUGUUGUGCAAGCAAUAUGGACCGGAAGUGGAUGUAUGGAGUGCUGGUGUAAUUCUAUACAUCUUAUUGAGUGGGGUUCCACCUUUUUGGGCUGAAACCGAAUCAGGAAUUUUCAGACAGAUUUUAAAUGGAGAGCUUGAUUUUGUUUCUGAUCCGUGGCCAAGUAUCUCAGACAGUGCUAAAGAAUUGGUAAAACAAAUGUUGGAUAGGGACCCUACGAGAAGAAUUUCUGCUCAUGAAGUUUUAUGUAACCCUUGGAUUGUUGAUGAUAAAGUUGCACCUGACAAACCUCUGGACUCCGCUGUUUUGACACGCCUAAAGCAUUUCUCAGCAAUGAAUAAACUUAAGAAGAUGGCAUUACGUGUCAUAGCAGAAAGACUCUCAGAGGAAGAAAUAGGUGGAUUAAAAGAGUUAUUCAAAAUGAUUGAUGCGGACAAUAGCGGGACAAUAACUUUUGAGGAACUGAAGGAUGGUUUGAAAGGUGUGGGCUCUAAUCUCAUGGAAUCCGAAAUCAAAUCCCUUAUGGAAGCGGCUGAUAUAGACAACAAUGGAACAAUAGACUAUGGUGAAUUUCUCGCUGCUACUCUGCACUUGAAUAAGAUGGAAAGAGAGGAGAAUUUGGUUGCUGCUUUUUCCUAUUUUGAUAAAGAUGGUAGUGGUUACAUCACCAUUGAUGAGCUUCAACAAGCCUGUAAAGACUUUGGCCUAGGUGAAGUUCAUCUGGAUGAUAUGAUCAAAGAGAUUGAUCAAGACAAUGAUGGGAGAAUUGAUUAUGCGGAGUUUGCAACAAUGAUGAAAAAGGGUGAUCCAGAUGUUGGUAGGAGCAGAACCAUGAAAGGCAAUUUGCACUUCAACAUUGCAGAUGCAUUUGGAAUGAAAGAAUCUUCUUGAUAUGCCACCUGAAUUUUUUUGUACAGUUAGGACGCAUGAUGGUAGAAGAAAAAUCAUAGUCAAUUUUUCUUAGCUGCGUGGUUAUAAUCUGUUUUGUAUUGGAACUUUGUUUACCUUCUUAAGCAAUGGUUUAAUCUCUUUACUUGUUUAGAAA